UUGGUCCUUACUCCUUUGGUAGUGUGUCAAACAUAAGAAUUGCCAAAAGAAUCCAACAUAAUUAGUCACCACCCAUCAAUGAUUCGACUAUAAAUACAUACACAUAUGCCUAGUUCAGUUCUUGCAUGCCUUACGAAAAAAGAUGAAGGGAAUCGUACUAAGAUGUGUAGUUACACUUCUUUUAAUCAGUGUUUCAAUAACAGAAGCAAUAGAGAAUCCACACAACAGACACAGAGACAACAACAACAACAACAAGAAUAGUUUUGCUAGAAGAAACAAGAGAGUCAAAAGCAACAGAAGAAGAAGCCGAAUUAGAAACGGUGAAGCCUUCGCAACAAAGUGUGACGUGUUUUUCCGGUGCAUUUUCGGCACUUGCGGUCAAUGGAAUUUCCCACUUAUCCCUUGUCCUGAAAACCCUUUUUUGCCUCCUCCGGUGAUCUUACCACCGCCUCUUCCCCUUCCUCCCCCACCGCUACUCCCUGUUGUCAUACCCUGCCCACCACCGCCGCCUCCAAUCAUAGUCAACGGUGCACCACCGUGUGUUACUUGUGUACAACCAUCACCGCCACCGCCAAUUCCGGUUCCGGUUCCUUGCCCACCUCCACCAUCGCCUACUCCACAGCCUUGCAUUACUUGUGUCCCAACCCCUGCAUUGCCACCUCCUCAGCCUUGCAUCACUUGUGUGCCUGCCCCAGAACCACCAACUCCUCAGCCUUGCAUUACUUGUGUGGUAGCACCAGCUCCACCGGCACCAGUACCAGUACCUUGUCCGUCGCCGCCAUGUCAUCCGGUUAUUCCAUUUGUCCCUACGCCGAUUUUUAAACACCCUCUAUUGCCACCAUCGGUGACGCCGUCUCCUGUUCCAAUCCUAACUCCACCUACUACUCCGGUACUGCCGCUGCCUCCACCUACUGCUCCGGUACUCCCCCUGCCUCCACCUACUGCUCCGGUACUGCCCCUACCUCCACCUACUGCUCCGGUACUGCCCCUACCUCCACCAACUGCUCCGGUACUGCCCCUGCCUCCACCUACUGCGCCACUUCCGCCACCAUUAUCUUCUUCUCUUCCCACACCACCUUCUCCAUUAGUUUUAUCGCCACCACCAUCACUACCUGGCGGCACGGUUUCACAGCCACCGUUUACAAUCACUCCGCCUCCUCUUUUAGGCGGUGGAGCUCCGGGAAUCACCGGCUCACCUCCUGCUCCUCUUUUAGGUAGCGGAGCCCCAGGAACUGUCGGUAUAUCUCCUCCGCCGCUAGUUGCCGACCUACCGCCCAUGCCACCAAUAGCAUGGUUUUCGCCGCCUGAUAUACUUACCGGCUCACCGCCGCCAUCUCCAGUUUUCCUCCUUCCUCCGCCAUUAGACCGGUCUACAUUAACGCCGCCAGAUGCACAAUUUUUACCGCCGGUUAUAACCACCGGCACUCCUCCACCGGUAGAUAACCUCCCACCGGAUGUAGUCAUCGGAGAACCGCUGGUUCCAUCACCGCCUGACCAAUCUUCGCCGGAGCUUCCACCACCUGAUGUAACCAUCGAACCACCAAUUGAACAGUCAACACCUUCGCCACCAGUCAUUCCCGUGACUCUUGCUCCACCGGUUCAAGAUUUCCCGCCAAUUUUACCCCCACCGGUUGAAGACCUCCCUUCGAAUUUACCUCCACCGGCUGAAAAUUUCCCGCCGAUUUUGCCUCCACCGGUUCAAGACUUACCUCCGCCGGUUGAAGACCUCCCUUCGAUAUUACCUCCACCGGUUCAAGAAAUCCCGCCGAUUUUACCUCCGCCAGUUCAAGAGAUACCGCCGGUAUUCACAUUACCUCCGCCGGUAACCACAUUACCUCCGCCGGUUGAAGAGAUACCGCCGGUAUUCACAUUACCACCGACCGUAGAAGAUCCGCCAUCAGUUCCAGUAUUCUCCGCACCGCCGGUCCUCGGAGAUUACCCACCGCAAACUCCCGUAUUUACGAAUCCGCCAGAGGUCACGAAUCCAUGGCUACCGCCGGACCAAACGCCAGUAACGUCAUUCGCGCCACCGAUCGAGUCAACCCCAACGAUACCGGAUAAUCCAUUCCCGGUUACACCAAACCCGGACAUGGGUUCAGAUCAACCGUUGGUUCAGCUUCCUCCGCCCACUUGGGAUUCACCGCCGUUUAAUCGUUAAUUUUCUAAUAUUUUACAAAUUCUCGUUAAAAAAAAAAAAAAAAAAAUCAUGUAAUGGUGUAAUCUUAAAUGUAAUAAGCCGCAAUGCCACGUUGUACAAUUCAUUGGCUGUUAUUUGCAUUUCAAUAAGAAGAAAUAGACUGA